CCAGCUGGAAUCAUUCAUCGGAGGGUCCAUUAGAUUUUAUCUUCAUUGAUGGGUUCUUCUUUUUUUGUGUUCAUGUGGUGUGGCAGUUGGCGCUGACCCUUAUUUACCGCCAAAAAAAAUAAAACGGUUUUUGCAGACCCUUUUUAAUCCUCCAGUCGCACACGCGUUUGUUAUCUUUAUCGGGCAUUUUGGCUAAGCCACGCUGCCGGCCAGGUCUCACGCUUCGCUCAAACGCCCGUCUGUUUCGGUGCACUUUCUCCUGCACACGCACAACCGGCCUCCGCCACGAGCCAUUUCGCUGUGAAACCUCCCACACGAUCUAUAAAGAACAACUUGUCUCCGCCAGACUACAUUGUUGAAAAUGUCGCUGCAACUCCCGCAAACGCCCAUAGAACUGCAAGUGCUUCAGACCUCGCAAAUGCCGUCUGCACAGGUGUCUGCCGCACCCCAGAUGGGCCAAAACGUGCCCAGUCCAUCGAAUCCCAACGCAGUAGCAUUCAAUGUGUCGGACCACUAUCAGAUCCUCGAAAUGGUCGGACAGGGCGCCUACGGAGUAGUGUGCCUGGCGAUCCACAAGCCCACGCAGCAGAAAGUGGCCAUCAAGAAGAUCGAGCCGUUCGAGCGGUCGAUGCUCUGCCUCAGAACACUCCGAGAGUUGAAGCUCUUGAAGAACUUCAACCACGAAAACAUCAUCAGCAUCUUGGCUUUGCAGCGGCCCAGCUCCUACGAGACCUUCAACGAGAUAUACCUCAUCCAGGAACUAAUGGAGACUGAUUUGCACCGGGUCAUUCGCACCCAGAAACUCUCCGACGAUCACAUCCAAUACUUCAUCUACCAAACGUUGCGGGCGCUCAAGGCGCUUCAUUCGGCAAACGUGCUUCACCGGGACUUGAAGCCGUCGAACUUGCUCCUCAACGCAAACUGCGAUCUCAAGAUCUGCGAUUUCGGCUUGGCCCGCUCCGUGGCCCUGUCGGAGGACAACUUCGGGUUCAUGACCGAGUAUGUGGCCACAAGAUGGUACCGUGCGCCAGAAAUCAUGCUUACGUUCCAAGAGUACACCACGGCUAUCGACGUGUGGAGCGUCGGGUGCAUAUUGGCCGAAAUGUUGAGCGGAAGACCGCUUUUCCCAGGCAGGGACUACCAUAACCAGUUGUGGCUUAUCAUGGAGGUCUUGGGUACGCCGAACCUGGAAGACUAUUACAACAUCAAGCUGAAACGUGCGCGCGAAUACAUCCGGCUGCUUCCUUUCUGCAAGAAGGUGCUGUUCAGCGAAUUGUUCCAACUGAUUCCCAACAUCAACCCGAAGGCCCUCGAUCUUUUGGAGCAGCUUCUUGCGUUCAACCCUACGAAGAGAAUCACUGUCGACAAGGCCUUGGAGCAUCCGUACCUCGAAUUGUACCACGACCCGAACGACGAGCCGAUGUGCGAGCCCAUACCAGAGGAUUUCUUCGACUUCGACCGCCGCAAAGACGAGUUGUCAGUCGAGGAGCUAAAAAGAAUGUUGUACGAGGAGAUCAUGAAGCCGUUGUGAGCGAAGCGACGUCCAGGUGGUGUCGCGCGGCGGCCGCGUCUACUACGAGGUUAUAUUUAAGAGCAUAGGGAAUCAUACCGAAACAGGAAAUAGAGAGUCAAUAAACCAUGGAUUAAUGGGCGUGGAUCCCCCAGACAUGAGGCAGAGGUCCGGCAUUCCUUUCCGCUGCGCAAGCUGACUCGGCCUGGGGCCGAAAGGAGAACUCAGGGCGA